AAGGAACCGAGAGUGUAAACAAUACAAUGACUUUCGGUAGACGCUGAUUUAAAGCAAUGUCAUCCUCUUAAGACGUUUUUUUUUUAUAUUGAUACCUAUAUAUUAUAUUUCAAUAUUUUCUUCUAGAAUUGCAUUUAAUCCGUCUCAUUUUAUGAAACCGCUGUAGGAGAUGGAUGUGUAUCCUGCAGUCAUUAGCAUCGACUCCGCUAAACAACAGGAGAGACAUUACUUCUUGUUGUCAGAGCUGCAGGCCUUAGUCAAAGAUCUGCCCAGCUCCUACCAGCAGCGACUGUCCUACAGCACCCUCAGUGAUCUGGCCCUGGCUCUCAUCGAUGGGACAGUGUACGAUAUAGUUCAGGGGCUGCUCGAUAUCCAACACCUGACUGAGAAGAACCUCUACAACCAGCGACAGAAGCUGCACUGUGAACAUCAAGCAUUGAAGCAGGACCUUGUUCGGCGACACAAGGAAUCACUGCAGUCCUGCAAAUCCCACAACCUCGCACUUCUCAAGUCAAAUCAACAAGCAGAGCAGGAGGCUCUGGAAAUGCGUGUGCGAGAAGAGCAGAGCAUGAUGGAUAAGAAGAUUGUAGUGGAAAUUGAUCAGAAGGUUAUAGAUCAGCAGACCACGCUGGAGAAAGCUGGAGUCCCUGGAUUCUACACCACCACAAAUCCUCAGGAGCUGAUGAUGCAGAUGAACCUGCUUGAAUUGAUCCUGAAGCUUCAGCAGAAGGACACACAGUUCGUGGCUUCGUGAAAAACAGAAAUUCUAUCGACGUCAUAAACAACGACAACCCUCUCCACUUUGCCAUGAGCUGCUGGUUGUUUGGGAUCUCUAUGUAUGUUCAGCAGGAGGGAUUGCCACUCCGACAGUAACAGCAGGAUCAACACCAGGCAGAGAUAAGGACGUUAGUAGAUCAGUCAUCGAACCUGUCAGACUACUAAUUAAGCCAGUGCUCACACGCUUUGACCUUCCUCGAACUCUCCGUGAAAACUGCAUUCUGGUUUUUGGCUGGGAGUGACAGAGACAUGGAGAGCAGAAUCACAUGAAGGUUAUUAGCUCACACAAAUGGCCUCUUCUCUUCCCCAAAGUUCUGUUCAUUAAGAGGAUGAGAGUCACAUGUUCUGGGACAUGUCUUGUCCUUGACUUCUGAAGCAGAAACUUGACUCAAGACUACACGGUGGUGUUGUUCGAAAGAAGGAAAGUGUCUCAUGGGCUUUUUCUAUUCCAUGUCCUGCAGUUUUCACAAGAUCAGAAAUUGUCUUGUGCUCGAGCUGAAGGUUUAACUUUGUUGAAAUUUACACCAUUUCUGGAUUUAUUUAAGACUGUGACAGUAUUUUAUGUCAUUGACACACAAGCAAAGUUUGAAUAUUAGUAUAAUAUCAUUGUAGUUAAUCAUUUUACAUACAUAGGAGUGAUUAUAUUAUUUUGGGGGGGGCAAUCACAUGAAAUAUCUACAUUAAACACAUUAAAAUUACUCAAUUCUUUGUGCAUUCUGUCAAGUGUCAUGAAUAUGUCUAGUUAUAUAUUCACAUUGACAACGUUGCUGAUGUUUGGUAACCAUGGGUAUUUAGAGUUUAUGUGAAAAAAACGGAAGUAUAAUGUGUAAUACCAAUGCUAUUGUAGUGGUUUCUGAUGAUACCUGUCCGUGUUCUUUAAUAUUGUUUCAUUAUUUAUUUAAAAUGAAUCAGCUACAUCAGUCAGGUUCCAAUUUUGGUCAGUGUUAUUGGUCUUUUUAUAGUUAUAUUUUGAUUACCAAUUAACUUGUUCUUUUGUGAGUAAAUAGCAAGGGGUCUUUACUAGGGGUACUUUUACUUUUUCACUGUUGCAAGAAAUAGUCCUUGUGGAGAACAGAGUGGUCACACUUAUUAAACAAAUAACUGUAGUAAAGUUUAUAUGAGAGACAAAGUGGAUAAGAAAAUAGGACAACAUAAGACAUAGAGAGACAUAUUCAAAAAGGAGUGAGAAGAAUCACCUCCUCCUUAAAUAAUAAAAAAAGAAAUGUAUUGUUCUGUAUUAAAAACAAAAGAGACAAAUGUGAUUUGAACAUAUUCUCCCACGUACAGAAUCAUUUUACCGGCAUAAAUCAAGCAUACAAAAAAUCUUGAACUGUAUAUGGUUGUGCAUUGUUUACAAUCUAAAGACAAAGUGUUCCAUAGUUUCACCCUCCCAACAGAAACAUGAAAGUCCUUUCGUUUGCACUGUCCAAUUGAAAUUUUUUUGUUACAUUUCCCCUCUAAUUCACC